GAUUUGCCCGACGCUUUUCUCAGGUUUCGCCUCUUUCCUCUUUGCCCGAUUCUCUUUCUUUCAGUUUGAUUAAUCGCACUAUCAUCCCUUCCUCUCUCGCUCGAAUUCUGAGCUUUUGUGGAGAGAAGUAGUUGGGGAUGUCGAAGUAUGAAUUUCCGAGGCUUCCACGGGCAGAUAUUGCGUUGCUACUAGCACAGUGUCAAAUUGCUGCUGUAACAGAGCGGGACCUCCUUCACCCCGCACCAGAUUUGGUCUCAGAUCUUUACACUCGUUUGAUGAUCUACCUUGACUUUCUCCAUGAGGAAGACCAAGGACAAGUUGAGUUUGCUGCCUUGGAACAGUUCGAGAACCCUGAUCUGCAUAUGGAUUCAGUUCAGACAAUGAAGUUGUACAACAGAGUAAAGCAUGUCAUUGCCUCUCUGGACUGUCCAAAAAAGUUUACGUUGAAAGAUUUGAUAAAACCUGACCCUGACAGGACAGAAAUUUUCCUUAGUGCAAUGCUGAACUUUUGCAUUCACAAAGAUGCCAAAAUCAAUCUACAUGCUCCAGUUAUGAAUGAGCUGAAUACCCUUGAUGACCAGCAAAGGGAAUGGGAGGUUAAAAUUUCUCAGUUGAAUGCAGAGAUCGCAGAGUACAACGAAGCAAGAGAAAGGGAAAUGCCUUUUGUUCAAGAGAUUGAUGCUAAAGUGAAAGAACUACAUCAAACUAUUGGGGGACUUAACAAUCAGCAGAUGUCAUUGCGUGCUUCAAUCCGGAAGUUGAAAGAGAAAGCUGGAGAAAUGGACGAGAAGAUUUCUAAUGCAGAAUUUCUCCUCGUACAAAGUGUGCAAGAAAAUGCAAAUUUGCGAUCAAAAAUUGUUCAGUCACCAGAUAAGUUGCAGAGGGCUUUGGAGGAGAAAAAAUUAGCUAGGGAGGAAGCCAAGAAUGCUGAAAAAUUGGCAAUGCAAGCUUUUCAGGAGAAGACUGGCAUUGUUGAGGUUUAUUCAAAGGUUUCCAGGAAAAUGUUGAAGCACCUUGCUCAGAUGCAGACUAUACAGGAACAGGUUAACUCUGCUAAGUCGGUUGAAAAAGAAUUCAAGGCCUUGAAAGCUAAGCUAAGUGAUGAGGAAGUUGUAGAUAAAUCGCUCCAGGUCAAAUUGGUUGAACAUGAAGCAAAAGUGCGACAGUUGGAAGAUUUAAGAAGGCAGACAGAGAAGGAAAGAGAAGUGAAAUGUGAGGAAGCUGCAAAAGAGUUGAAUAACGUGAGGUUGGAGGUUGAAUCAAUGAAGCUUGAUUUAGAACAAAGGCAAAAAAAUGUUGAAGCAGUGCUCAUGGAGGUUGAUGCUGUGACUUCAAAAACAAAUUCCAUGAGAGAAUCUAAUGUCCAUAAACAGCAAGAACUACUGCAUAAAUGCGAGAAUAUUAUGAAAGAGUUUCACCAAUAUACAAACUCGUUUGGGGCAUUGAUGGAAGUGAAGCCAUAAGAGGAAGAGGAGCAGACACAUUCCAGUAGAUGAUUGUCCACUGUUAAGGUCAAUUUCUAGCAAUUUCUAGUCUGUUACCCUUUUGAUUUAGAAAUUGAGCUUUUGCUCUAAUCCAUAUAUAUAUAUAUAUAUAAUUCCUUAUUGGAGCUUCUGCCUGUUCAGUAUGUAUAAUUAAUGAUAAUCAAUCAGCUCCAUAAACUGUUCGUUUGUAAGA